AUCUUUUAUGGGCCGAAUGAAGCCCAAUCAGACAAUCUCUGUUUCUGUAUUGUUCUCAAAGAAAUUGGGAACAGAAGCACUUCUCGUCAGAAACUUUCAAUCAACCGACUCAGCGAGUUCGAGUCACAGCCAUGGCGUCAACGGUUCUGAAGCGAAGCUGUUACUCGGGAAUGAGAUCAAUGGUGGGAGCUCUCUCAACAGGAGGUAGGUCCUACGCAUCGGUUGCAGUUGGGACUGACAUAGUCUCGGCAGCACCAGAUGUUUCCCUCCAGAAAGCUCGCAGCUGGGACGAAGGUGUCUCCACCAAGUUCUCCACUACUCCUCUCAAAGAUAUCUUUAAGGACAAGAAAGUCGUCAUCUUUGGGCUCCCUGGUGCAUAUACUGGAGUUUGUUCUCAGCAACAUGUGCCCAGUUACAAGAACAACAUUGACAAGUUUAAGGCAAAAGGAAUUGAUUCUGUGAUUUGUGUAGCUGUGAAUGACCCGUUUGUUUUGAACGGCUGGGCAGAGAAACUUGAAGCCAAAGAUGCUAUUGAGUUUUAUGGGGAUUUUGAUGGAAAAUUCCACAAGGCCUUGGAAUUAGAUAAAGAUCUCUCUGUUGCUUUGCUUGGACCUCGCUCUCAAAGAUGGUCGGCAUAUGUGGUUGAUGGGAAGGUUAAGUCUCUUAAUGUAGAGGAAGCACCAUCUGACUUCAAGGUUUCUGGUGGGGAUGUUAUUUUGGGACAAAUCUAGACCUGCUCACCUUUUUACUUUUGUGUUUUUGAGGAUUUCAUGUAUAAACAAAUAUAUCAGAAGCAGGUUCAGGAGCUUCCUCUUUUGGUUUUCUUCAAAAAAUAAAAAUAAAAUGGGCUCACUAACCUUCUGAAUUAAGUUGAAAAGUUACUUUGUAUCAUGCCAAUGUUAUAAAAUUCGUUCUUUUUAUCAGAACAAA